AUGCGAACGCUAUCGAUCACGAACGGUAUCCUGUCCAGUAUCUCCGACCUCGUCGCGCAGGGUAUCGAGGGCAGUGUGAGUGUCUCUGGGCCCUUCCAUCCCUCCAAGGUUCCCCAUCAGCUCAAUGCUAACUAUCAGACGGCAAAGUCAACAGGCAAGUCGGACUGGCGGUACGAUCCCGUGCGCACGCUCCGGUUCGCCGCAUUCGGCACAGCCAUGGGCCCCGUGAUUGGGAAAUGGCUCCAGUUCCUCGACUACAAAUUCCCGCUGUCUGCGACGGCGGGCGCGCUCGCGAACCAGGCGCCGAGUAAGGCGAAGCAGGGCGUGCAGCUGGCGAAGCGCGUGCUCGCGGACCAGGUCGUGGCGGCGCCUGUUGGUCUCGCCCUGUUCACAGGCCUGAUGUCUGGCCUCGAGGGCAAGUCGCUCGGCGAGACGCAGGACAAGUUCCGCACCAUGUAUCCCCGCGCCCUCCUUACCAACUGGCAGGUGUGGCCCGUCAUCCAGGCUGUGAACUUUACGAUUGUCCCGCUCCAGUUCCGCCUGCCGUUCCAGCAAACGGCGGGAAUCCUGUGGACGUGCUACCUCUCCAUGCUCAACAAGAAGAAUGACGUCGAGGAGGCCCAGAGGGCCAAGAUGCCCGGUGGCACCAGGCCGAGCGCAAAGGAGGACGAGAAUGCGCCGACAUACACUUUCGAGACGCAGGAUCACAAGGACGGCGUGUACCAGGAUCGCGACAGAGUCAAGACCCGAUAG